AUGACGAGCCAGUUCCUAGUGUGGAACGCGCAGGGUGUAGCAAAUGUCCGCACUAAGAAACAUCUCAGAUAUCUGAUUCGAGAACACAAGAUUUUGUUUGCAGCAGUGAUUGAACCACAGAGGACACCGCCAGCUUUAGGGAGGAACUUCCAGGGCCUUCGAUUUGCGGGAUCCAAUGAGAGUGGUCACAUUUGGAUUCUUGCCCAUGAGGAUUGGACAGUGGAAGUGGUUGAUGACUCGAGGCAGGCCUUACACGUUAAGGUCUCUGCCGCAGUCUUCCCUUUCCCGAUCUACACCACCAUAGUCUAUGGGCGACAUACGAGAGAAACGAGACAGACACUUUGGGAAAAGUUGGGAGACAUCUCGCUGGCUGUGGAUGGAAGGCCAUGGCUAGUGGGAGGAGAUUUCAACAUGUUCCUGACUAAUGAAGAGAGACAGGGGAGUGAUACAGACAGACAUAGAGACAUGAUGGAGUUUGCCGACGCUAUUGCCGAGUGCCAGCUGAUUGACCCAGGUUUUGACGGACCGAUCUUCACAUGGCACAGAGGAUGGCUUUGGGAGAGGUUGGACCGCAUCCUGAUUGGAGAACAUUGGACAUCAGUUUUUGCCACGACCAGAGUGACGCAUUUGACAAGAUUCAGCUCUGAUCAUGCACCACUUUUGGUGAGGUGUCGUUUUCUGUCCAAACCGCGAGACCAGCCUUCAGAUUUCAGAAUAUGUGGGAUCAAGAAGUCAUUAAAGGUAUGGAACAAAGAGGUGUUUGGCAACAUCCUCCAGAACCUAAAGGAUGCAGAACAAUCAGUUCUUGAAGCACAGACCCUUUACGAUAGUGACCCGACACCAGCACAUAGAGCUGAAUUCAGCAGAGUGUCUGCAGAGCUCAUCGUCACGGCCAAGAUGGAGGAGGAAUUUUGGAGGCAAAAGACGGCCAUUAAAUGGGCUACUGGUGGAGAAAGAACUCCAAAUUCUUCCAUGGCUGGGAUGGAGUCUCGCCUUGUUGCAGCCAACCGACGCAUCGACAACAUGCUUCCUCCCGAGCUGCCUGAACCUGCGCAGCCCUACGGCUCCCAAAUUUUUGGGUUUGGGGACCUCGUUCAGCACCUUCCUCCAUCAGGAAGUAGCAAGGCUUCGCCGGGGCCGUCGGGUUUAGUCCCCUACGACUCAUUGGCUCCGCCGCAGCAGUCGAGUAAAACACCACCACCCUUUGAGCACUACUUCCACAAUCUGUCGACGCCGUCAAAAGACUACCACCAGCAACUUCCUCCUCCAAAAACCUAUCAGCCGCCCCCACCGUCAGCUUUGAUUCCUGAUUGUGAUCGAGUUGAGGAAGGCUUUGCUGAUUCUGCCAAGAAGAUUCCUGUUUCUUUUGUUGUUUUUGGUGGAGUCGAAAAUGUUGAGAAGAUAGAGAAGGCCAGUCCGGAUUCCGCAUGCAAAGAGAAACUGGUUCACGGUUGCAUCGAGAUUCAGUGCGCGCGACAAUUGAAUGCUUCUCGAUUCAAGAUUCCCUAA